UGUGUUCAUCGUGGGUCACUUGUGCCCUAAAGAAAUACCCAGAGGCUAGCUGUAGUCUGUAGACAACUCUAGCAAAGGUGUCGACAGAUUAGCGUAGACAUGAAGUCCAAUUUUGCUGUUUUCGUAGUCUUCUCUCUUCUCUUGGUUGCCAAUUUGAGCUGUGCAAGGAAAGACUUGGGAGGGUAUUGGAAGAAUAUGAUGAAGGAGCAACCUAUGCCACAAGCAAUUAAAGACCUUGUUGAGGACUCACAAGCAUCAGAUACAGGGAAGAAGGAUCUUUUUACUAGGGACUUUGAUGUAAAGCCUAAUGUCAUAUUAUAUCACACCCAUGUUGUGUCCAUGAAGCAGAAGCAGAAGCCUUUUCUCCAGAAUUGAAUCAAGGUUGAAGUAAAGCACAGGAUAUGCUACGGUUGAACAAACUAUAUAUUCAUAUAUAAAUGUGACCAGUGGACUAUGAUGCAUAUUAUCUUGCAUGUGUUGGGCUAGUACUGAUUGGCGUUUGAGGCUUUAUUUUGCAGGAAAUUAAUUAAGCUGAUAGUGUUUCAAAACUUGUAUUUUAUUAAAAGCUUAAGCCCUUUAGUACGUGAUAGAUAGAUAUAGCUUUAAUUAAUUGUGGUUAUCUAGUUAUAUCCUUCCUUUUGCUGCAUCUGCUUUUGAUGGGUUUUGAUGAAAUUUAUAACAAUAAUUAUGCUGUAUCUUGUUCUUGUCA